CUUGGGUGAAUGGAAUAUAUGAGCAAUUUGCUGCCACUUUGAUGAAGGUGCAGCCAGCCAUGAGUACACCUCUUCGUGAACCUAAAGCUCAUUCCCCAACUUCCGUGCUUGCUUUAACAUCCAACGCGCAACAAACCACCAUGUCAGCUCCAGCUCAAAACGAUGAACUCGAAGCCCUCCAAGCUAUCUACGGCUCAGACGCGGUCCACUACACGAUCCUCAAGCAAUUGCAGCAACUCCAGGUCCUGGUCACGUUGAAAGACUCGAUUACCUUCGAGUUUACCCUCAGUAUAAUGUAUCCGGAGGACCAGCAAUGUCCCACCGUGUCAUUCCCGUACAUCUCGAGCAAAUUCACAGGGAGCGAAGCCGUCCUUCGGGACAUCAUGUGCACUGCCGCCUCUGGUUCGUUGGCGUACGGCCAAGUGUGUCUAUUUAGCAUGAUCGAAGCCGCCACCGAACAUUUGCAAGACCACAAGGAAGUGGCCCUGUCAAACGACGAAAACGCUGGCACCUCCCCACAGAAACCCAAACCCCCGCACCCCCUGAAACAACGGCCAAGGCACCCGUUAGUCCCCAAGAAACAGAUAAAGUCCACAGAGGCCCCACUAUCUCCGACAGAAACGGCACACAAGGGGAACAGCAUGCGCACGGCCACGGAUGUGAUCCAUCGGAUCAUGUGGGACGACCAGAUCAACCAGCACGAGGUGGUCGUGGGGUACUUGGAUCGAUUCCUCGGCAUCAUGGAGCGCCCGAUCACGUCAUUCAAUUGGGGGGACCUGUCAACGCUAUCGCACACGGAAACGGCCAUACCGAAACAUCGCAUCCAGUACUUUAAGUGGAAAGGGAACAUUGUGUGGGACAAGCGCUGUCGGUUGGAUCGGGUGUUUGGGUCGAGUGGGGGCGCCCCACCGGUGUCGUUUGAUUCAGCCUCCCCCCUGUCCGGAUCCACGAGUACCUCCGGGGGGGUAUAUCGUCCCCCGGAACUCGCCCCCUACUUUUCCCCGUUUUACCCCAACUCGGACCGCCCCAACGCGUUUUUUUGCAUUCGCAUCACCAAUCCUGCCGUCGUUGACGCGUGCGCUGCCAGUCAACACGAACUAAUGACCAUCGACCCCCGUCUUCGCCUCCACCCGUCCGCCUUCAUUCCUGUCACAAAGCUCCAUUGCACACUCGUCAUGCUUCGACUGAAAAAUGUCCAAGAGAUGGCGAUCGCCCAUCGCUUGUUGCUCGAAGCCCAAGGGCUGAUCGAAGCCACGUUUGCAUCGUCCAGCCUGACGUUGAGUGGCGUGUCGACGUUUUCGAACCGUGUCGUGCAUGCCCAAGUGUUGUGUCCGGCGCUAACGCAAGUUGCGGGCCUGCUGCGACGUCGCGUGCAAUUGGCUGGCAUUUCCACGGUCGGCAACCGCGAUCCGUUUGAAGCCCAUGUUACGCUGUGCAAGCUAACGCGGGAAAUGAACAAGUCGAUUCCAUCGAUCACGUACACCAGCCACCAGAUGCUCGGGUCGCAGGCGGUGACCGAGAUCGACCUCUGCGCGACGGGCGGGCUCCUAGACCCCGAUGGGUUUUACGUUCGACUUGUGCCCACGCUGGUAUUGCGACAGGAUCAAGUUGCAACUACUACCCGUGAAAGCCUUCCCCCGCUUUCUCCCCGUUCGAUGGUGAUCCUUCGAGGGGUACCAGGCAGCGGUAAGUCUACCACUAGUCGGUCCAUUGCGGCACUCUGUGCUGCCAACGGCUGGAGCGUCCGCGUUUGCAGCGCAGAUUCAUGUUUCGACCAGUCCGGGGGCUACAAGUUUGACAAGUCAAAGUUACCACUGGCGCAUGCUCAGUGCCAACAUGAAGUUCAAGACGCGAUGAAGUCCACUGUCGAUGUUGUUGUCGUGGACAAUACCAAUAUGGACGCUCGUCAUGUACAUGCCUACGUAGCCGACGGACGCGCAGCGGGGUAUAAGGUGCAUGUGUGGGAAUUGGACGCUUCCCACAACGCCGCCGCGUGUGUGCGCCGGUCUGUGCAUGACAUCCCGCUCGACUACAACAAACAGCUCGAGCCCGUUGGAGAUGUCGAUCACAUUUGCGUCACAAAACUGCCGGUUCAGGGACUGCUGCCACCAAUAAUGUCGUCGUUGAAGCUGCCGUCGGUCACGUAUGCCGCCGUCUUUUUGGACGACCAGUCCAAGAAACGACUGAAAACACACGUCGCCCCCCUUCACGCCAACAUGAUCAUGGACCACGUUACCAUCGCCUACCAGCCAAGCGAAGCCAUGCUCAAAACGCUGCAUGUGGGGGCAACCGUGUCGUUCGAAGCGUCCGCCGCUGCCGCCAACGCGUUCGUCCAGGCGGUGGUCGUGACCUCGCCCAGCGUCGGCGGUGGGGUGUGGGACAACGACGGAUCCCCCCCUCAUGUGACAGUGUCCGUCGCGCCUGGCUCCUCGGCCAAGGCGAGCCACCAUCUCCUGGCCUCGACGCACGCCAUCCCGCUGCCGUUUCCCAUCCCCCUCUCGGGGGUCGUGGGGUUCUUCUCGGACCUCCACCGUCGGUUGACUUCGUUGGCGGAAGUGGUGCAAUGUGGCGAGAUCGCAUCGUCUUCAUGUAUUCGUGGAUCAACGUUGUCGUUGCCGCCCACCGUGACGAGCUUGUUCGUGUUUGAUUUUGAUUUGACUUUGAUUCGGCCGCCCCCAAGACGCCACGGCAUGCAAGCCCUCACCCCCCAAGAAGCAUCCACCGUCGGCAACGACUGGUUCAAGUCUCCCCUGAGCCUCCACCCGACGCAAAAACUGGUACCGCUGCCCGCGCUCGGCGAGCUCAAGCGCGUUCUCGGCGCGACGGCCGCCCGCGGAGUCGUGCUCACCGCACGCCACACGUCUCUAGAAGCCAAUAUCCGCGACGUCCUCGGAAUCUACGGCGUGUCUCCUGACGCGGUCGUGGGGAAACCUGACCAUUUGAUCGCCGACGUGGCGGGGCAGACGCAGGACAGUCAAGUGGCGGCUCGGACCAAAGAGAAUAUUGCGUUCAAGCUGGACAUCCUCACGUCGUGGUUGGAAUCGUCAGCGGCGCUGGAGCGCGUCGUCGUGUACGAAGACGACGACGAGAUUUUGGCGGCAAUGUACGCGUGGGCUGGCACGUGGAGCGCCCGAAAAACGGCGUUGGCCAUUGAAAUCGUGGAUGCGAAAUCGAUGUACUUGGGCAAACCGUAUACGGUCCUCCAGUGGCUCAAGAACCUUGAUCGGGUGCCCACUUUGGACUUUUCACAGCGCGUUCACUCUGUUUUGACGGACAUUGCUAUGUGGACUCGAGCAGAGGAUGUUCGUCCGUUCGGGUCGUUUGCGCUCCACCGAGCCACCGACUUAGAUGUGUUGGUAGCGCUGGACGACGACGAGUCGGCCGUCGAGGCGGUGGCUCGCGUGGCUGCCACGAUGCGCCGAGAGGGGCUCACGGACGUGUACGAGAGUGGCAGCAGUCGCUGUCCGCUGCUCAAGGCCCGGUGGACAUUCCCCGACGCGCCCCCCCUGGAAGUGGACCUUGUGUUUGUUCACAAAACGGCCCUGACCGUUUACGACAAUGGCAGUCCCAGUGCUGUCGAGGCAUGGUGGAGCAGUUCCAACCCGGACGAACGGGCGUUGCUGGGGCUUGCCACGUUGCACAGCGUCCGAGCCAAAGUGGCCAACUCGAGUGUGUCGAUCGAUGUGUUUGGUCGUUGCGUGGAUGUGAUCGUGACGCAGCUCCAGGCCAAACACUUGCAUGGACCGCAAUACAACGGCGUGCCAACAUUUAAGAUCUCGGCGCUUGUGGCCGCGUUUUGUCAAACUCAAACGGCACCUUCAUUGCCACUGAAAGACGUGGUCAAAGGGUUUUACGCAAGCCAACCAGUGUUGGAUGUGACUAACAUCCACAUCGGUCCCCAUAUGCAAGCUUGUGUCCGGCUCGCCCUGGAGGAAGGCCGCGACAUUUGCUGCAGUGCCGAGGCGUCGUUCCCGUCCUCCGGUUCCCUCACGCGACUCGUGCAGCGACGAAGUGCCUGUGUAGACACCUCCCAUAUAGUGUCGCUAGCCGUGACGUACACAUCCUCGUUGUCUUUUAGUUCGUGGACACUAACCCACUGGUUCAAUUGGUCGCUUGCCAAAUCAUGGCGGGAUUUGUGGCAUGCCCACGCCAUCGAAGUCGACCCGAUGCUUGCUGCGGCCGGCAUGGCCCGUACGUUUGGGGUGUUGGGCGACGUGGACAUAGUUGUAGCCCAUCUGCAGAAAUACGCGGCCCAACUCGCCAUGGACAGCCUCGGCAAGAUUCAAGUGUCGGUGGUGUUGCCGCCUGUGAGCGUUUCAAACGAACUUGGAUCGAGUUCGCCUAGUGUUCCAGCCCCCUCGACGCCCCACGACGAAGGGCACCAUGUGUUGAUGAAGUUCCCCCGCACCAAGCACUUGCUGCCGACUGCCGGCAUCUCCCGCGACGAUUUGGUAUUCGAUCCGUUGGACGCGUCCGCGUUUCUGCGGACGCCCAUCGUGUGCCAAGAAAAGGUCGACGGUGCCAACCUCGGCUUGUUCCUCUCGCCCGAUUUUCAAGUCGUGGCGCAGAAUCGAUCGCAUUAUACCACGAGCGAGACGGCGCCGCAGUUCAAAGGCCUGGAUGUGUGGAUUCAAGUGCACCAGUUUGAGCUGUGCGAGCUCCUGUCGCCCCCUGGCCGCUACGUUUUGUACGGCGAGUGGCUGUACGCGCAGCAUUCGAUUGCGUACACGAACUUGCCCAGCUAUUUCCUGGCGUUCGACAUGUACGACCGAGAGCUCGAGUGUUUUUGGAGCGUCGAGCGGCUACAACAAGCUCUGGACGAGACGUCGAUCCACAUGGUCCCCACCGUAUUUACAGGCACGUACAGCUCCAUGGAGCAAUUGAAAACGUUGCUCGAGACAAAGUCGCAAUUCUACGACGGGGUUGUUGAAGGCGUGGUCAUUCGGAAAGAAGCUAACCAACAACUGCAUGCCAAGGCCAAGUUAGUUCGCGACGACUUUAUCCAACACAUCGACAAGCACUGGACAACGAAGGGGGUGGUGAAAAACCACCUACGAUUCUUUUAAUGCAGAUAUAUAUAUAUAUAUACCGUGCUUUGAAUUAUGCUCCA